AUGCGUUCUUCUAUUGCUGUUCUGGCUGCUUCUGCCAUGGGCGCUCUUGCAAAGGAAAGCUCGACCGUCAAUCUCUUCCUGGGCGGACCUACUAGAGCUGGACAGGCAUAUGUUGGCUCAGUCGUCACCGCCGGCCCUUCUGAUACCGUCUACGCAAUCGUGUGCACAGCUGCAGCCUGUGGAUCACUCUCCGCUUCUCAAACAAUCACCAUUGGCCCGUCACACCUCGACUUCAACUAUGUCACCGAGACUAUGGGUGUGGAGCUCACUGCAUCCGAGACUUGCGAUAUCAGUGGAACGUCCUUGGCUGUCUGCACGGUUACUGCCAGCGUUGACAUCGAGGUGCCCGGCGUUACGACUAGGAACACAAACAUUAUCACCACCACGAGCUUCUCUGGCAGCGACCUGGCUGGUGUGCCUGUGGUUCUGACUGCUGGUAUCGAGAAGCUAUCUGCUGCCACACCCGCUUCUGCUUCUGGUUCUUCCACGGCUUCUGGUUCGGCAGCCAAUUCAGAAAAUGCUGCUUCCACAUCAAGCACAUCCGGUGCAUCUUCAACCAUGGCGAGCGGCAGAGGCGGUGAUAUCUUAGCAUUGGUCAUGUUCUCGGCCGUGUCCGUGUCGGUCGGUGCUCUUAUGAUCUUGUAG